UGACGUGCUUCGGAAUUUAAUGUUAUAAUGGAUCAUUGGGAAAUUUAAUCACUUUGUUAUAACCAUACAUGAUAACGUUUCGUCAUGGCUACAAGAAGUCUGACAGAAGUAUUCAUAUUAAUGCGAAAUAAUGCGUUACAGAGCAGGCAUAUUUUUUCAGAGCAAACUGCCGAUGACAGAGUUGCUCUUAUGUCUGGAGCUAAUGUCGAUCCAGAAUUAGGAAUUGCUUCUACUCGGUCAUCACGUUUACCACCAGAUUGGGUGGAUGGUGUGGAAGAAAUCCAGUAUGACAUAUCCAGAAUAAAACAGAAAAUGAAGGAAUUGUCAGCUUUACACACAAAACACCUCAACAGACCAACUCUGGAUGACAGUGUGGACGAAGAACAUGCCAUUCAGAUACAGACUCAAGAAAUCACACAGAUGUUUACAAGGUGUCAGCGGCUAGUACACCAAAUAAGUUCAAAAAGUUUUCGAGGAUCUGACCAGGAAAAAAAACUUUCUCACAACAUAGUGUCAUCUCUCGCAAGAACGAUUCAAGAGAUGUCUAUCAACUUCAGGAAGAGUCAGUCCAACUACUUGAGACGCCUCCAAAGCCGAGAAGAGAGGUCGAAGCAGUACUUUGAUACCAGUAUUGGCUCAGAUACAGGUCUCAUGGAGGAAGUGAAUAUCGCAGAUGAUGACAUGUACGACAAGGGUUUUACCCAGGCUCAGCUGGAGCUUGUAGAAGACAACACAUCAACAAUACACCAGCGUAGUAAAGAGAUUAACCAGAUUGUCAAGUCUAUCCUUGACCUUAAUGAAAUCUUCAAGGAUCUCUCCACCAUGAUUGUAGACCAGGGCACAAUCCUGGACAGGAUAGACUACAAUAUUGAGCAUGCCAGUGUCCAGGUGGAGAAAGGCCUGCAGCAGCUACAGAAGGCACAGAAAUACCAGAAAAAGAACCGGAAAAUGCUCAUCGUCGUUGUUCUGGCAUGUGUGAUUAUAUUACUGAUCAUAAUAUUAGUCGCUGUGAAAAGCUAGCGUUAGCUAUGUUUAGUUCUCUGUACAUAUAUAUGUAUAUCGUUGUGUAAUAUUUAUGACAGUCUUAGCAUCAUCAUUUCCAUCUGAAGUAAUCGCAGGUCUUGUGUUUUGAAAUAUGCAGGCAAGUUAAGAAAAGCCUCCCUGGGCUAGACAUGAUGUCCGGAAGUGAUCGGUCAGUUAAAAACACAUGACCUGUAAUAAAUGGCUUCUAGUAAACACUUCACUGGGACCAGAGCGGAAACAAAGGCAAGGCAAACAUGCUAACUGACCAUGGCAUUAUCAUGACGUACAAAGUAAGUUGUGUGCUUCAAAACAUAUGCAAAAUGUAUAAGACUGCUGACAGGGACCCUAAAAUUAACAUUUGGUCCGGCUGUCCUUUUCCUAAAGUUGUUGUCCAGGGCACCGUUCCACAAAGGUAUCUCAGCACUACUAUCACCGAAAAUAACUACUAUUGCCUCCUUAAUUAUUUUCAACGAUUGCCAUUCCAUUCCACGACACGGCAUAGCUUGCUAUCGUCGUAAAUUACAGUGAAAAUUUACAAUAGGUACGAGGCAGUUGUAAGCCAUUAAUGUAGAUGUCAAAUGGCAGUUAGAUGAUGAUUUGAUCAUUUUCCAAGAUGGAUUCUAACUUUUUGUGUAAAAAUGGAUCUAAUAUAUACCAAAUAUUCUACAUUCUACGCCAUACGACCUUCACACGAAAAUACGGGAGAUAACUCAUGUCUUGUACAUUCUACUUCAAAGCUACUUCAUGGAUGUCUGAUACCAUACAUCCAAGAUGUUCCAAAAAGUAUGUUACUAAUUUAUUAUUUAACUAAUUUGCAUGUCUUCGCAAAGAAGAUUUUAAUCAUUAAAGGGCACUUACGACUACCAUACGGUUGCUUUGUUGAAUGGCUGUAAAAUUUACGGUGCCAGUUGUAAAACUCACCUUAUGUCACUACAGUUAACCUUAGCUACAAUUCUUUCGUGGAACGGGGCCCUGGGGCCUAUUCCACAAAGUGAUCUUAACCCUAAGAUCACCUUCAGUGCAGAAGGUAAAACUGGACCCAGAGUUUGUAUUUAUAUGGAUUUUUAGCAUUGUUUUGAGAAUAUUCUUAAAACAUUCUUAACAUGGUCAACAUACUCUUGAGUGGAGAAAUAUUAUUAAAAUUACUUUUAAAAUUCGUCUGACACAAACUUUUAGUUAAGUCAUAAUUAUUACUUUGAGGAAAUUCCCAUAUGGAAUUCCCAUCAUAGUUGAGGAAAGUCCUGACUAUAUUUAACAUCACAUGGGAAAAACAAUCAGACAAUCUGUCAUCGAGCUGUAAUAGAGCUAAAAACGUCUUUUCUUUCUCUAAACAUUCGAGGGCAGUGUCCACCGAAGUGCUACCAUGGCAGCCAUUUUGUUUGAGAUAAGAAUUCUUAACCUAUGUUAAGAGUCCUCUAUGUGACUCUUAAGUGCUUUUUUAGCUUUGAUAUUAAUCUGAGAGCAAUACUGACAUUUAAUAGAAACUGUUAUGGAUUUUAAUUUUUUUUUUUUUUUUAAUUCUUAUAUUUAGGAGCAGCUCUCAGGCAUUUGAAGAAUUUACUUAUAUUUAAGAAUUCUUUGGCACUUAAAAAUCUUUAUAAAUAAUGUCCCUGAAAUAGGAGCAGUGGGUUUCUCCUCUCAUUUUGUAAACCAGAUCUUGCAAUAACCACUUGAACGACACAUAACAGCUGCUGAUUAAACAAUGUGCUGGGGAGUGGGGGGAUUAAAAGCAGGAUCACAUGGCAGUUGAUGUACUAAAGGCAGGAACACACAACUUAUGUUAUACUAUGUGUACAUUCCUUUUUAAAACAGUUUUUUUGCAAACAUUUAAACAGCUAGAAUGUUAAAGGUUAACUGUAUAAUAACGUAAAGAAAAAUAGGAACAUAAUUUAUUAUAUACAUAGCAAUGAAAUAUAUAGAUAUACAGAAACCAGAAAAUUAAUAUCCGGUGAAAAGUCAUAUUUUCACUGUAUUUUGGCUACAGUGAAAAUAUAGAAAUCGUAUUUACUUUUUUGUAAAAGUUCAUGAUUAAAUUAUCUCCUUUUGUCUUGUUUCUUUGUAUUUAAGGUUGAUGAUUAUCAAUGCAUCUGAUCGUAUUUGAAAAAAAAGAGUAAUUUAAACAACUGUACCUAUAAAAAAGUGAUAUGAAGUGCAAUUACGAUAAAAUAUCUAAAAUGAAUUGAAUACGAAGCUAAAUAAUGAUGACACAGUGUCCUAUCAGUGAGUCUUAAGUUAAAAUUUAUCGACAUUCGAUUUGUUUUGUUUUUGUGGGGUGGUUUUUUUGAGGAUUGCUUUGUAAGGUAGGUUUGUACAGCAGUAUUAUUAAUUAAAUGUUAAUUUAAUAAUUAAAGAUAAUUUUAGUGAUAUAGUCCAGUAAAUUUUGUGGAUAAGUUCCAUCGGAAGAAAUAUAUCAUGGUGUUAUGUGUUUUUGAUAGGAUAAGCAAAAGAUAUUAACAAAAAGCAAAAUAUAUUGUCAAAAAUUAGGAAAGAUGUAUAUAAUUAAUAGAACAUUUCAUGAUGUUUUUUCGAAUACGAUUUUUAUGUCAACUCAUGAUGUGUGAAAACCAUAUUUUCGCAACAUCACUCGUUGACAUAAAAAUCGUAUUAAAAAAAACCCCAUGAAAUAGCCUCUAUGUAUUGUUAAGUUAUAUGUAUAGUCAAAUGUUAGGAAAUGACAUUACCUAUGUUUUUAUUUCCAAUAAAGGCUAUUUUAUUAAAAUUAUUGAACAUCCUUUAUUGAACAUCCUAUUUUAUUAAAACUAUUGAACAUCCUUUAUUGAACAUCCUAGUUUAUUAAAAUUAUGCAUGAGAAAAAGGGAAAAAAAUAAACUAAGUUAGCUCCCUUGAAUAGUAUUUUUAUUCACGUGAUUUUCCCCAUUUGCAACUGUGUAGUGUACAUACUGAAAUGAUAAAAAAAUUACAUCACAUAUAUAAAUAACAAUGUGAUCCUUGCUUUUGAAUAAAAUUUACAAUGUUUAGCGUAGGUAAUUACUAAGAUGCUUUUCUAAUAUAAAAUUAACGCCAUGUGGCCUUAAUUCAGUUAAAUAACAAAAUAUUCAUAAAAAGUGAAAUCUACUCACAGUGUAUGACUUUUCACAAUGUACUCACAAUGAUUCAAAUCACUUUGUGGCAGCAAUUUAGUACAGAUUAAUAAUAAAGAAAAUACACAAGUAUUAUUUUACAAAAUGCAGUCUGAAAUCAGAUUUGCAGCAGCUUUUACUGUGGCACUGUCAUUUGCCACAGCAAAUUUUGAUGGGUGAUAACUGUUUGGGUGUCAAAAUUACGAAGCCUGUUUUUCUUAAAAGCAAGUGUUUAAGCGGAAUAGAUGUAUCUAGUUACACAUGCAGGUGUAAGGCUAAAACAGGCUUUAUAAAUUCGGCCCAUAUAGUUAUUUUGUGUGUCAUUUAGUAGGUGAAAUCCCGGGUCAAGCCGCCUUUAAACAACAUUCCUAUAUUUCUUUGUCUUUUUCUUUUUUCAUAUCUUCAUCUUAUUGUAGUAAUUGUAAAGUGGGCACUGCAACAUAAUCAAUAUUUUGGUGUCAUGUUUUGUUUAUUUCUAAGACUUAUCACCAGCUUAAUAUAAAUACAUGUGUGCCAAAGUGUUACUGUACCGUGAUUGUUUCCAACAAGCUUCAAUUUCCUUCACGUGGAUACUUGUGACAUCUUAUUCCUAACCAUAGUAGUAUUACCAAGUUACGGUAUUUGAGAUUUACAUAAUUGUGAAUGCUAAAACUUCAUAUGGUUAUCUUCUAAUUGUGUUGUCCUAAAAAUUGACUACCAUUUUAGUAAUGUUUUUGCUUUUCAUUAGAUGAUUUAUUUUAGUUUAGGGAAGCCAUUUGUUUUUUGGUUUGGGUACUUUUCAUUAGGGGUAUAGGACAUUUGUGGAAGCAUUCAUUCAUUUUAAAUACUACUGGACAGUGCAGAACACAAAAUGAAUUUAUUCUGCCAGACCAUUAAUCAAAUAUUUAUAUCUGUCCAUUAACUUUGUCCAUAAGUACUUGUCUGCUAUGAAAGACAGAUACACCAAUUCUUUGUGUUUGUUGGAUCACUGAUCACAACAUCAUCAUUACUAGCUUUAUACCGUAAUCAACCAAAUAUUUGUUAAUUUUUGUGGGGGUAUGACUGUAUGUUGAUUUAUUAUUUGCCUGUUUAAUGGCUUUAGGUGUAGUACAGAUUUGUACAUGUUUCUCUGACAUGACAUUGGAUCAUACUUCCUGUGGAUAGGGCUUAUGAAACUUUUAGAUUCUAAACUCAGGAUUUUAGUUUUCAACAUCAUGACAAUGCCAUACAAAUUGUAUGCAUUUAAGUAAUAUUAUUAAAGAUUUGAGUUUAGACUAAAGUUUUAUAACCUGGGGCCUUGAAACUUUUUCCUCUCUUGCUUGAAUUCCAUCUUAUUUCUUCCCAAUCGGCAGCUUGUCCUAUCUUUCAGAAUGUUCUCUGUGCGUCUCCCAAUCCUUGUCUCUCCAGUCCAUGACAGGUUCUCGUCUCUUGUGGCCAUUGGUGCCAUACAUCUGCUAUUUCACAUGUCCUUUAGCUGUGGGAUUAGUCUGUCCACUUCGGAGAGUGUUCAGUGGUUAUGUUUGGUAUUAUUAAGAGGCACCUGUAAUCACCUGCUACACCCCUACUACCAGCGGUUGUUAGUUAGUGUUAUGGGUCAGGCCAGCUUUAUUAGUGGAAGAGGACUGGGCUGGUGCUGAAUUCUGGCCAAUGCAGGAUCUGGGAGAAUAUAUCUUUGAGGGAGUACUUAAUUUUUUGUAAUAAAUAAUAAGUAUUAACACUAAGGUUGCAUUAUUAAAACGUAAACAUAAAUAAUAAGAACAAGAAACCAAUAUUGAGUGCACUGUUCAUAGCGUUUUCUUGUAACAACACUCCAGGGAUGUUUUGAAUCUCAAAGGUUGUACUAUUCUCAAUUAGUAAAAUAAUGAAAUUGUUAUGGCUAACACAAAAAGAAAAUGAAGGGUUAAUUGGUCUCACAUUUAGAGAGGAGGGUUAUCAACAUUUUGGAAAUGUUAACAAAGCUUAAGAAAUUAAUAUGGCAUUCAAUGUUGAAAUUUAUAAAAAAAAUCUUCUUUUUUUUAUCACUUACAAACAUUUAGGUUGGUCACUAACUUUUAUAUUCUCGGCCCUAGAGUCCCAAAUUGAGUGCAGUGACGCCUACCCUAAAGUACUGGUGCAUUAGGCAUUUUUCAGUGUUAGAUGAGAAAUGUAUAUCUAAAAAUCAAACUACCAUGUGUUGAGGAUUUGGUAGGUUGCUUUCAAAAUGGGUAAACAGACAAGGUCAACAAAACAGAAGAUUGAGACAUCGCAUAAAGUCAAUUACUGGCUCCAACUUACAUCAAAACAUAUGGCCUAAUUCAAAGUUGGUAGAAAACGGUUAACCACCAGAAUGAAUCAACGUGCCAAUACGUUUACUCAUUCAAUAAACUAUAGGGGGGGGGGGGGGGGGGGGCUAGUGAAUUGGGGCAUUAUUCUGUUGAAGAGUAAGAUAAUAUAACAUUCUGCUUGCAUAAUGUAAUGAUAGAUAGGCGGAUCCAGUUCUUGGGAUAUGCAUUCCAUUAGUGUGAAAGUGCCAAAAUGACCCCAGCUUUGCAACGACGUGAUGACCAAAUGACCGUCCAGUGUGCUCUUUUUGAGUUGCAGCCCUACCCAAAAGCUAGGAUCCGCUCCAGUAACAUGUUAGUUUGCUGCUAUUUUGGACAAUCACACCCAACUAACUUAUCCUUUUAGCUGUUCACAGUUUAUCAAAUUCAACUGCCAUGAUUUGAAAACGUAAACAGUGAUAUACUGUUUAUAUUUUGUUCAUCAAGUUUUUAAUUUUGGAUGUAUUGCAAUAGUCAUAGUUUGCAAUGGAACCCUUUUCCUGAAAUGCACUUUAUUAUGUAUAGCAAAUUAUGUUUUUGAAUUUGAUUACCGCAUAUCGGUCAUAUUAAAUGGUCACAGCACAAUCUAUGCCGUGAAAAUUGUCUUCGAUGCAUUUUCCACAGGUGUUUUCCAAUUAAUAUGUAAUAGAGAAGUCUAUUUUGUGAGUAUUACCGUAAAUAAAUAAUUUAAUAGAAAAUUGAAUGUUCCAUGGCAAAAUAAAUACCAUGGCAAAUUAAAGAGACCGCGGCACUCACGAAGGCAUUUCUGAUUGUAUUAUAAUGUGAAAGUAGUUUAGAGCUAACAUCAAAAAUGCUUAGGAUUUCACUCCUUAAUUACAUAUCAGUUACCUUGUGAAGUUACCGGACAGAGUAAUAUGGAGGUUGUUUCAUGGAUGUGGUGUUAUACACCCUUGAUUAUAUGUUGCUAUAAAACAGGGCUAUACUUAACCAGCUGAUGCUCUGCUGCUCCAUAUCAAUGUUCCAGUGCGCCGUUCUAUGAAGCUAUCUUAGAUAGCUCUAAGAUCACAUUAUGUGCAUAACUACCUAAUGCACCUAGGGUAAUCUUAGAGCUAAGAUCGCUUCGUGGACGGGGACUAGGGUUGUUCAAGAUGUUCGAGCAGCGUAACCAUCCACCCUACAGCACUCAUUUGGCCCGAGCGAUUAUCUGUACGGGAAUCUGAAAGGCUUUUUUCGUGGUACACAGUUUGAAUAUGACCAACGUGUAAAGGCUGCAACGGAGGGGUCGUUAACAUUUGAUGUGCCAACCAGAAGAGUUCCAGUUUGCUGGCAUCAGUAGUUUGAAAAUUUAAUGGGCCAAAUGCAAUGAGGUUAAGGGUGAUUAUCUUGAAAAGUAAUGUAGAAGCAUAUGGAAUCAUAUCACAAUCAAUUUAAAACAAUAAUUAAUUAGGCUGCGGCCCCGCUGUUUUUUUUCAAUCAAUCAACUAUAUGAUAUGUGCUUAUAUCCACUGAGGGUCCAUGCACGCCUGUCUUGGACACGCCCCGGAAGUUACCUCAGAUGUGUCACGGGUAAAGAAAACCCAUGAGUCUUGUUUAUGAAUGAACUAUGUUAUCAUCAUAAAUAUUACUGGUCCACAAUAUUAAAAUUUACAUAUUAUUUUUUAAGUGGUCAUAUGUAACAUGUUGUACGCAAUAUAUGAACCUAGUCCUGUGUUUAUAAAACCAGUUGGUGACUCAAGACUCAAUCUAACUCAUGUUCUAACGAUACAGCAACUUAGUCGCAACUGACGUCAUUACUGAAGUUUUGAGCUGCGAGUCUAAACUAGGUUUUACAAGCACGGUUUUGUAAUGGGGAUUUAAAUGUUUGAGCUACAUGUAUAUAAAUAUCUUUGACGACUAUAUCAUCUUUAUGUGUGCAAUACGGACGUGUUUGUCGUGUGGUGUAAAUAUUGGUGUAUAUUAAUGUGAAUGUCACUGAAAGGAAACAUUCCCCAAAGAAAUAAAAACAAUUGUGAUAAUGA